CUUCAAUAUGACCUUUCUGUUCAAAUAUCUUUUUGUAAAUAUGUCGGGGGUAUAAUUUAGAACAACGUGGUUAUCGAGUAUUUUAGAAUAUAACAUAGCAAAACAUUGACCUCGUCACACGCGAUUUAUAAUGUCUUUGAAAGGGCAGACCGUCUUUAUUCCCGGGGGAUGCGGCACAGUGGGUAUAGGGUUAACUAGAGUGUUUCUUAAAAAAUGGCGCGAAGGUUGCUGUUAGCUCGAGGACACAGGAAAGGUUGGAUGAUUUCAAAAAGUUGAUGGAUCUGGAGGUCCAGUCUAACUUGAUACUCAUUCAAGCAGAUGCUUCCACGGAAACUGGAGCUAAAACAAUAUUAGAUACACUGGUAAAACAAGGUGGCGUACAACAUGUCGUGGCUUUAAUGGGAGGCUGGUGGCAGAAUGGCAGUCUCACGAAGCAAUCACUAGAAGAAUUUGAGAAGGAGAUGCGUGACAGAGUUACAUCCCACUUCAUUUGUGCGAAAACUUUCCUACCACAUAUGGCCGACAUUGACGGGGCAACAUAUACGAUAACAUCCGGGUCAGCUACCUGUGAUGACUGGGACCUUCCGGACAGCUCAAUGAUUAUAGUGGCAGGUGGCGCCGUCUAUGGUGUAUGCCAGGCUCUGCAAUCAGAGUUUAGGGAAGCUAAAUGUGCCGUCAAUGAAGUCAGAAUAGGACUGUUCAUUCAACCUAAGCUUGAUAAAGAUUUGGAGAAACGCUCUUUUGAAAUCCGUGGACGUGAAUUAGAGAUAAUCGGAAAUGACGUCAUUGGUGAUUUCAUGCUGAACGUUCUACUGGCACGUGCAAGGGGAACCAUAAAAAUUAACACAAGGUCAGAUGUAGAAAGAGAGACACAGAAGUUAAAGAAGAACAUCAAGAAAUAAAGAAGAUAAAAAAUUGUCACUGUAUUUUACAUGAUAUGACAAUUUAAAAUCAGACGCAUACUACCCUAAGGUCAACAUUUAGCAAAAAUAAAGAGUUAUAUUUCAUGAACGUUUCGUUACAAGUAAUUAUUUUCUACCUUUUUAUCAUUAAAAAAACAAAGUACAUUUUGUUCAGACUUAUGUACAUUACAAUCCAAUUUACUUGAAGGAACUAAAGGACAUAAAAGGACCAAAAAUAUUUUAAGAUGAUUUUUUAUAUAACUGGAUGUAUAGCUGGACCAAUUACUUGUGAACAUUCGCUCACUUGACCAUUCGCUCACUUACUGUGGUCACUUUUCACUAGACUCGGCCAAACAAUCGCUAAAAUAGUCGAAUUUUAUUAAUUUGAUGUUUUCAGGCUAUUAGACUUUAAAAAGUGGAGUUCCUUUAACAUUAUUCAUAACUCAACUAAU